UUUCUCACUCUCUCUCUCUCUCUCUCUCUCUAUUUAUAUAUAAGAGGCAUCCUCCUCCCCUCUUUUCCUUCUAAACAACUACACCAACUCCUUUUCGUGUCUCUAUCUUUCUUUGAUAAAAAGGAAGUGACCUUCAUAUAUAUAUCAAUGGAGGAAGUGAUGAAGAUGAUGAUGAAGAAACAGCAGCAGCAGCAGCAGCAGGUACCCUGUGUGUCCUCUCAUCGAACAACUACUUCAUCACCACUGUCCAUGCAUAAAGAUUCACAAACGAUAUCCAAAGUCAAGCCAAAAAUACGCAUAAUUCACAUAUUUGCUCCUGAAAUCAUCAAGACAGAUGUUGCUAACUUCCGGGAGUUGGUGCAAAGGCUUACAGGAAAACCAGCAGCUGAUCAAAAGGGUUCCAAGAGUAAGAUCAAGAAACCAAGAAGAGUAGAUCAUCAUCAUCAGCACCACCACCAUCAUCAUCAGCCAAGAACUAACCUGCCUGCAGUAGUGACCAAGAAAGUGGAGAUAAGAAGUGGGCUUGGUAUGGUUAAGAAAGAAGAAGAAGAAGAAGAGGCAAUGUGGAAUUGUGCAAAUUCAGGUGGGUUCUUAGCUGGUUUUGCAGAUUUGGAUGGUUUCAUUCAAGAACUUGAUGAGUUCUCAAUGCUGCCUAUGGAAACUAAUCACAUGCAUGGUUUCGGAGAGAGUCAACUUGCCUAAAUUCCUAAUCAAAAAUAAUUUUGGGGUUUUCCUUGCAAAUUGGUAGCUUGGUUUAUUUAGUUUUGCUUAAUUAGAUAAUUACUUAACUGAAUUUCUUGCUAUAUAUUUAUUUUUUAUUUUUUUUUUGGUUUGCCUGUCUCUCUAUAAAUUUCUUAAUCUUAAGGUAUGAUGACUCUUCCUUAAUGUAAAUACAAAGGGGAAAAAAAGGCCUAAAAUUAUAUAUAUAUUUCCUUUGCAGAGAAAUGGCACUUAGUUACAUA